ACUCCCCCAGCUGAGAGACAACACCAUGUCUCUUCCCCCCAACAUCCUCAUUGUCGGAGGAGGGGUCUUCGGCCUCUCCACGGCCCUCUCUCUCUCCCACCGCCACCCCAGCAUCCAAAUCACCCUGUUGGAAUCUUCUCCCACGAUCCCCAACCCACACGGCUCCUCCGUCGACACCUCCCGCAUCGUGCGCGCCGACUACUCGCAACCCACGUACGCCCGACUGGCCGCCGACGCCCUCGACCUCUGGCGCAACACCCCCUGGGGCUCAGAAGGGCGCUACACGCAGAACGGCCUGCUCCUCGUGUACCCCCCCGACGGCACCAACGCCCGCGACUACGCCAUGAAAAGCUACGACAACGUGAAGCAAAUCCCCGGUCAGGACGUCGAGCUACUGCCCACGAAAUCCGACGUCGCGCGAGUCGCCCCAGCCUACGGGGUGGACCUGAACGUGGCCGGUGGCUACGUGAACUGGGGCUCGGGGUGGUCCGACGCCGAAGCCGGCGUGCGAUACGCCAAACAGCAUCUGGACCAGGAAGGCAAAGUGCGAUUCCAAACCGGCGAAGUGAGCAGCCUGAUCACCGACCCAGCGACCGCACGCGUCACCGGCGUCACCCUCGCCGACGGAUCCUCCAUCACAGCCGACCUGGUCAUCCUGGCGACGGGCGCAUGGACCGCGAAGCUGGUCGAUCUGCGAGGUCGGGCCGUCUCAACGGGCCAGGCACUAGCGUACAUGCGCAUAUCCGACGACGAGCAGAAACGCCUCGAACACAUGCCAACCAUCCUGAACUUCGCCACGGGCAUUUUUAUCAUCCCGCCCCGCAAUAACCUGCUCAAGAUCGCGCGCCAUGCGUACGGAUAUGUCAAUCCGGUGGAGGUGCCGGUGCCGGGCCAGCAGGGCCUCAAGAUGCAGGUGAGCUUGCCCGAGAAUGGGGUUCCGAUCCCGGCGGAGGGGGAGCGGGCGUUCCGCGAUGCGUUGCGCGAGUUGAUCCCGGCGUUUGCGGAUCGGCCGUUCGUUCAGAGUCGCGUUUGUUGGUAUACUGAUACCCCGAAUGGUGACUUCAUCGUUACCUAUCAUCCCAAUCACCCGGGCCUCUUCCUGGCUACUGGGGGUAGUGGGCACGCGUACAAGUUCUUCCCUGUACUGGGUGACAGGGUGGUUGAUGCGUUGGAAGGUAAGCUGGAGCCGGAGCUACAGAAACUGUGGGCUUGGCCUGCUGCAGUCCCUGAAGGCGAGUUCGAGGGGACGGAGGAUGGAAGUCGCUCCGGGGCGAAGGGAAUGCGCCUGAUGGAGGAGCUGGCCAAGACAAAGAAGGCACAGCGGAGCAGCUUGCUCUGAGAUGUCUCGGUGUUGUAGUGCAUAUAUGCCGUAUCUAGAUGUAUAUAGAGUGUAUGGGGGGUGGCUUGUGUCAAACCUUAUCUAUACCGCAGUAUGAUGCGAAACGAAUGCGUUCCUAACUUGGAACACGCAAGGCAAGGCAGAUAAGGUUAUUUAGGCUACGCUGUGCGCGGUGCCAUGUGGAAUCAGGGAAUGACGUCUCUACCACGCUACUCAGGUACUACGCCGAGGCACAGAAAGCUGCACAUUUCAAG